AUGGCAAUGUCUGUCGACGUCGCGGCCGCCUCAUCUACCCAGCCGCCCCGCCACUUCCAGCGGCCACCGCAGCAAUUUGACAACACCGCCGCACUGCGGCAGGCGGUGAUGUCGAAGGAGGACGAAUACAGCAACUACGAGCAGGCCAUCCUCCUCGAGAUCAACGAACUGCGCAGCGACCCCGUCGCGUACUCCUCGAUCGUAGAGUCCGAGGCAACCGUCGGCUACCCGUUCGUGCGUGACGACCCGCUGCCGGAUCAGUGCUCGGAGAUGACGCUGGAGCAGCUGCGCGUGUACAUACAGGACUUCCGGCGCGAGCGCAGCGAGGUAAAGGAGUCACUGAGGCGCAUUAGGGGAGAGUGGGUAGAGGCGGAGGCGGGCAUGCGUGAGCGCUGGACCCAGGAGGACACGGAGCGCGCCAAGAAGAAGCGCGGCAGCAGCCGCAAGCUGCGCAACUCGCUGUUGCGAGAGGAGGACUUCAUGGUGGAGCGACAGCGCAUCGCACAGGAGUUAAAUGAUCGCUACACGCAGCGCACCAAGGAGGCGGAGUCGAAGCUACUGCACCUCGAGCGCUCCUGCAGGUGGGCAGUUGACGGAGCGAACGUCAUCAUAAAGCUUGUGCAACAAAUGCGUGAGGCACAUCCAGUGCCAACGCUGCAGUACAGCCGCGGCCUCACACUUGCUGCGCGGGACGUAGGAAACGAGUGCCACCGCGUGCCGACCACAAGCGCUAUAUCGGCAUCACCACCACCACCACCACCACCAACAGUAACAACAUCAGCAUCACCACCCCCAAUGGCGAUGGCAGCAUGUCAGCAGCCCCGGCAAUCGGUGCUGCUAUCGUCGUCGUCGUCGCCGCCGCCGCCGAUGUCGCCACCGCGUAUGCCGAACGCUAGCGAAGAUGCGCUGCUGCAUCUGUCGCGGCCCUUAAGUGGCGGGAGCAAUGGGGGUGGGCAUCGUCCUUCCCAGCCAACCUUGUCUUGCGAAGAGGACAUCACCAACACCAACACCAUCAGCAUCGCGACGACGGAUGUCACACUGCACAAGAAGGACAUCAGCGGUCGGACGACGCCACUGAUGGACGUGUUCAGUCUCUCCACUGCUGCCAGUCCAACGGUGAUGGUCACUGCGCACGAGCUCACCAACGAAGGUGAGCAGCUCAAGAGGACCACAAUGAAGAUGUGCAAACGCUACGGUUACUACUCCGGUGCAGUGCGGGGGCUGCAGCUGUGCAACGCCUUUCCCCCCCGCAAGACGCUGAUCCAGAUGAUGCUCGGCCUUCGUGUGCCUCACUUCACACUGCUCGCUCUCAAUGCCGUCAGCGAUGCGCCCGAAGCGUCUUUGUGUUCGUCGGCGUCGCGGCAGUCGAAGAGCCCGCUGCUUUGGGCGGACGGCCGCCUGCUCGGGAGCGGCUGGGUACGUGCGCCGGACGGCGUUGUGAGCGUCACGGCGCUCGUUGCAACGAGCUUCGAAGAGCUGCGCGUCAUCCACGACCGGCACGACUUUUCACUGCCGCAGAUCCACCGCAUCCUCAACAGCCGCCACGAGGGACUGGCGAGGGAGCCCAACAGGCCAGCCGUCAUGCACAUAUUGUCAGCGCUUGAGGUGUGUGUCAUAGAGCCGCAGGCCCACCCCGUGUUCGCCGACAGGGACCAGCACGUCGUGCGGCUGGUCGCGCGCGCCGAUUCACACCGCGUCGAGCUCACUGCAACCGUCACGUUGGCGUCGGAGCCGGUCCCGGUGGUGCCGCUGCUGGACCGCGAGCUGCUUCUCGUGCAGCGCUGCCGCGACGACCUUGAGGAGGUGGAGGUACUCCUCGACAUCCGCGCGGCGCGCCACCGCUGGGGGAAUCAGCCCCUGUUUGUGUACCUCUUCGAGCGCGACAAGAGCGCCACUGUGAUGGGAGCCUUCGCGAACAUCGGAUUCAUCCGCGUGACGCCGAUGCAGCGCGAUAGUAAUGGAGCGUCCCACACGAAACGCCUAUUGUCACUGAUGCCCCCGCACCAUCACCACAAUCAACAACAACAACAACAACAACAACAAGGCUGGGGGGAGGCCGCAGUCAUUCGAACACCUCUGGUCUUGGCCUCGCAGUGGUGCGAGUACCCUGUUGAGAUCAAAGAGGAACCCUUCGGGUGGCCGCUCGUGAGCAUCGACUUUCAAGAGCGCUGCGCCACCAUCAUUGAGCCGCUCUGCGGGACGUUGAUAGCACUGGGUGACUUGCAACGCAUUGCAAUACAAAUUCCACACUGCGCGUAUCUAGAGGUCACCAUCGACAACGUCCGCCGCCUCCUAGAGGUGGAGAACACGUACCUGGAGUCGGAGGAUCCGAGCGGAAGUCAGCAGCGGCUUAACAAGCUGAUUGCGUCUUCACGGGUGGAACUGAGGGUCGCAGAGGAGAGCUUCAACGAGAGCGCAGAUCCCAUCAAGCAAGAACUUGCGCAUGUGCAGAAGAGUAUGGCGCGUCGCCGUGGCAAAGAGCUGACGAAGCUAAAGAAGCAGGAGGAUGAGCUGCAGCAACGCCUCAACCAACUGAAUGACAACGUAGAAGAGCUGCGCAAGACACUCGCUAACGCAAAGGAGGACCUGGUGUUGCUGGGACGCGAGUACGCUCUCCGUGCGAAGCAGCGGCGGCAGCUGCGCCGGGAGUACGACCGGUUGUGCGAGCGCGCCGACCGUACACGCCCGUUGCGAGUGGAAAUAAUUCUCGUCACCGACGACGCCGCGUCGGUUGGGGCGGGGGCGGAGCGCACCCCACUGCGCCCCGUCAACGCCGCAAACACGCUCUACGAGGGGACAGUGCGGCUGCUGGAGGGCCUCAGGUGCCGGGCGGUGCUGCUCAUCAACGAUCAGGAGGCGGUGUGUUGGGAGGUGCGUCCAGGGUACUGA